GCAUAGAGAGUAUACCGUUGUUCGUAAGGGAUUAGUGAUUUCGAUUAAAGCAGUACGAUUUUGUUCUCGAGAUAAAUAAAAUAGAUCUAGAACCAUGGAUUUAUUGGGUUCUAUUCUUAAUUCGAUGGAUAAGCCUCCAACAGUGAGCGAAAGUCAAAAAGCAUUGAUUAAAAAACAGCGCGAAGAACAACAAAAGCGUCAGAGGGCAGAUGCAGACAGACUUAAUAAAUUCAGGGAAAAGGUUGAGGAAAAGAUAAACCAAUUUUUACGCGAUGACAACGCAAAGGAGUACAAGUUCGCACCUAUGGAGCAAGUCUAUAGAAGCAUAGUACAUGAUGUUGCCGAAAUAGCCAAUGUGUGGGCUUAUUCUAUCGGAGAAGAUGGAAUUGAUAGACAUAUUAUGAUCUUCAAGAGAGAAUAUGCACCAUCGGAGGAUCAUUUGAAUGCUUUGCGAAGGGGAGAAGAAUGGAACGAGGAGAUAGCAAAAAGGUUACAAGAAGAACGAGUGAGGAGGGCUAAAGAAGAAGAGGAAGAUGCUAAAUCUAGGAAACGCAAGCAAGAUUUUGUACCAAACUGUAACUAUAAGGAUAAGUAUGAACAUCUGAUAGGCAAAGAAGCUGCACUCGAAGCUGCUAGAAAGACGGAAGCAAGUAGCACUUAUGGCUGUGUUCCCAGUGAAAAUAAAAAAGAUCAGCGAAGUAUAGAACAAACUUUAGCAGACAUUCGAGCAAAACGGAAGAAACUUGAAGCUGCAGCUGCUGAUACAAAUGCCAAAAGUGAUAGUACAAAAUGACAUAUUACUUGUCUUUUAUGUAGUUACUCAUGUUUUAUCUCUUAUUAUUCUUUCAUGGACUGUAAAUAGUUGGAAUCAUGUAACCCUUAAAUACAGUAACAACCUUUGUUAAUUCGUUUAAUAGCAUACGAAUUUACGUUAAUUACUUAAGUAUUAUCAGCCUAGUUUCCACCAGGCUGAGAUUAUUGUAUUUUCAUGACAAUUUAAUAAAAACGACGAUUUAGUA